GGUUUUCAACUAUUUGUUCUGGAACCUCCGAAAUCUUCUCCUUUUUCCAGUUUUCCUUACCCAGUUUUCUGUGCUUGAUCUUCUCCUCGUAUCUUGUUUUCCCUUUCUAAAAAGAUUCCAUAUUUAAAAUACCCACAUGCUGUUUCCGCUCUACCCUAAGGUACAAAGGCAUAUUCCAACUCAAUAAUAGCAGACAUAUAGAUAUAUAGAUAUAGAAAAAGAAAAUAAAAAUUCAAUUUUUUGUUUCUGGGUUGUCAAUUUUUUGAUCUGGGUGUAUUGAAGCUCAAGUGAGGAAUACUGGGUCGUUAUUGGGUUAUAGGAGAUAGGUGGGUAUAGCUGCAAGGCGGUGGGAUUGGUGGUUCUGGUGGUGGAGCUGAAAUUAUGAUGGGAGAUUAAUGAUUUCGAAUCUGUGUUUGAUAAAUAAUACUGUAUCGGAAGCAAGCAACCUAGAGUUCAGGAUAUGGUUUUGUGUUCUGCAAUGCGGCGAUUCUGAAUUCUGGUAAAAAAAAAAAAGUAUUUUUUUUUUCUUCUUCGUUUUUUUGGUGGCACUGUUUGCAUGCCAUUUUGAUAGUUUCCCUGAGCCUGAGGCUCGGGGGAGGGAUCUGAAACUGAGAUAGAAAGAGUCAUGGCGUCUUCAGAGAAUGAGCCUUCUCCUCACUCUCCUCCUCCUCCUCCUCCUCCUUCUGCCUCUGAAGAAGUUAGUCUUCCUUCGCAUGUUUGUAUGCAGAAAUUCAGGCUCUACGAGACUCGAUCGAACUUUUAUAUGAUAGGAAGGGACAAGAGCAGGACAUAUUGGAGAGUGUUAAAGAUUGAUCGCCUAGAUCCUUGUGAGCUAAACUUGCGUGAAGAUUCAACCACAUACACAGAAAGUGAAUGUUCUGAUCUGUUGCGCCGGAUACAUGAGGGUAACAAGGCCACGGGUGGCCUGAAAUUUGUUACAACUUGUUAUGGAAUUGUUGGGUUCAUCAAAUUUCUGGGACCUUACUACAUGCUGCUUAUAACAAAAAGAAGGCAAAUUGGUGCAAUCUGUGGUCACACAGUAUAUGCUGUCUCAAAGACUGAGAUGAUUCCGCUGCCUAAUUCUUUGGUUCGGCCUGAUAUCAUCAAUUCUAAACACGAAAACAGAUACAAGAAGCUGCUGUGCACAGUCGACCUUACAAAGGAUUUCUUUUUCAGCUACUCAUAUCACAUUAUGCGUAGUCUUCAAAGAAACAUGUGUGAUAAUGAGACAGGCCAUGUCCUUUAUGAGACCAUGUUUGUGUGGAAUGAAUUCUUGACACGAGGAAUUAGGAAUCACCUCCAGAAUACUCUUUGGACAGUUGCUCUAGUUUAUGGCUAUUUUAAACAGGACACACUAACGAUAUCUGGGCAGGAUUUCAUACUCACGCUCAUUGCAAGGCGAUCACGUCAUUAUGCUGGAACUAGAUAUUUAAGGCGAGGUGUGAAUGAGAAUGGUAGAGUUGCUAAUGAUGUUGAGACAGAACAAAUCGUAUUUGAAGAUGUUCCAGAAGGUCUACCCAUCCAAAUAAGUUCUGUUGUUCAGAACCGUGGUUCGAUCCCUCUUUUCUGGUCGCAGGAAACUUCACGUCUAAAUAUUAAACCAGAUAUUAUAUUGUCAAAGAAGGAUCAGAAUUAUCAAGCCACCAGACUUCAUUUUGAAAAUCUUAUGAAAAGAUAUGGAAAUCCCAUAAUAAUUUUAAAUUUAAUAAAGACGCACGAGAAGAAGCCUCGUGAAUCCAUACUUCGCUCCGAGUUUGCUAAUGCAAUAGAUUUCAUUAAUAAAGAUUUAUCUGAGGAGGACAGGCUUAGGUUCCUUCACUGGGAUCUGCACAAACAUUUUCAAAGCAAAGCUACAAAUGUGUUGAUGCUUUUGGGCAAAGUGGCUUCAUAUGCCUUGACAUUAACUGGUUUUUUCUACUGCCAAGUACCACCAACAUUGAGGUCAGAAGAUUAUCUCAAAUGGCCGUGUACUGAUAAUGUCGAUAAGGAAAGCUUGUCACCUGCUGGACAUGUUGGUGAUGAAAACGAGGAUGCUAAUAAUUUAGAGAGGAAAUCUAGUGGACGAGAUAAUGAUGCUGAUGGAAAUAAUUCUAUCAAACCACCCAUGUUGCAGAGGGGUGUGCUCAGGACCAAUUGCAUAGACUGCUUAGAUCGCACAAAUGUUGCUCAGUAUGCAUAUGGGUUGGCUGCACUUGGCCGCCAGCUCCAUGCUUUGGGAGUUAUAGAACACCCAAGGAUUGACAUCAAUGAUCCCGUAGCUGAUGAUCUUAUGGGGUUUUAUGAGCGGAUGGGUGAUACACUUGCACAUCAGUAUGGUGGUUCUGCUGCACACAAUAAGAUAUUUUCGGAGAGGAGAGGCCAAUGGAGAGCUGCAAUACAGUCACAGGAGUUCUUUAGGACUCUUCAACGCUAUUACAGCAAUGCAUAUAUGGAUGCUGAGAAACAAGAUGCAAUUAAUGUAUUCUUGGGAGAUUUAGAGCCACAUGGUAAACCUGCUCUAUGGGAGUUGGGUGCAGAUCAGCACUUUGAUGCAGGGAGAUAUCGAGAUGAUGAUGCAAGGUCAAUUAUGAAGAGAUCCUUCUCAGACGGAAACAUUCUUCGUGAUACUUCUACACCUAUGUCAGCACCGGAUGCCAAGGAUGAACAAUUCUCAAAUGCAAGCAUGCCAGACCGAUCUGGAGAAGCAAGCAAGCCCUUUUGCGAGUCAUCUCCUGAUAUAUCUACUACUGAGAGUGACAUGUCAUUUUCAAGGUAUACUCCCUCAAUGCCUCGGAGACAGCUUUUUGGAGACAUGCAACGAGAACGCUUCCAUGACAGUGACCAUAUUUACUAUUCUGAUCACGGGGAUUCUUUCAGCUGCUCCAACUUUGUUGACUUGGAUUGGCUAUCUUCUUCUGGAAAUUCAUGUGAAGAUGAGCUAUAUGACAGGUCAUCAAUUACCAACUCUCCAGUUACCGGGCUUUCUUCAGAAAAUAUUACCAAUGGAAUGGUAGAAGCUGCUCCAUCCACUAGUGAUUUGGCCAGUUCCAGCCUCAAGGGAAGGGAACGAGCUGAAUCGGAGUUAUCUUGCGGUAAUGCACAAAAUGAUGCCAAGUCCAACGUGCCGGAUGAAUUCCCUGACACUUUUGUUGAAUGGGUAACUUAUGGUCAGACACUUUGCCAUUGAGAACAUCUGCAAGCAAGCAAUGAUAGUAAUGAACAUCUUUCCCAUUGAGUUGGCGUCCUCUGCUUGAUUAGAAGAACACUAGAAAGAGCUCAAUGAUAAGGAAAGGGACUACAUUUGAGUAGGCUUCUCUGUAAGAUGCUAAGGAAGAAUCCUGGGGCCUUUCUUGGUAGUGACAUGCAGCAUUAGUUGGUGCAAAAUCUCCAUCAAAUCCCAAGAAGCAUAGCAAAAAAGAGUACAUAGCAAACGGUUGUAAAAAUCCUUCUAAGUUUUCCCGCUCUUAUCUCCUUUAUUGAUGAUGUUGUUUCCCUGCAGCUGGCUGUAUUUCUUAACCCUUUUAACCAGUUAAAAUAUGAUAGUAGGUGCACUUGUACAUAUCGUUACCCUGUCUAGUGGGACCUCCACUUCUUAGAAUUGCAGUUAAUUGAUUCUUUUUAAUAACUUACUGCAAUGUAUAAUUCAUGAGAACACUGUUAUUUGGGCUUA